UUUUGGGCUUUUCCUCUGGGUCACACCGGUUCACCGCUGACCCCACCAGAAGGCGCAGGACAGUCGCGCACAAUGCUGCGAGCGGCGGCGUCGAGAUGCACCCGCGGCGCCGCCCGGCGGCUAUCGUUGUCGGCGGCGGAGGCGUCCCCAGCCGCUGCGGGCGCACGGCAUCAGCGUUCCCUCGACGAGGGGGACUGGUCGUAUCACAGGGAGUGGUGGGGCAAGGAGGACGGUCCCGGCGAGGGGGCGCAGACCGUCUUCCGCCGCCACUCCGAGUGUGGCAACGGCGUCGUCUCUGUCUCCGCCUACCCAACCUCCCGCCCGGCUAUUGAGCAUUGGCCAGCAGUGGAGAGAUGGCUUCAAGAAAGAAAUGCAAGAUUAUACCCAGAGUCAGCUGGCGUCGACCAAUUUAAGAUACUAGGCUACCAGUGGCGAGUAUUGCGUUUUAAUGAUCAUACACGGCAAAGCACUGUAAAAGUAAUGACAUGCUAUAGGACAUCGGGUCAGAGGUCAUUAUUCUUGAUGCAGCAACCACAUGUUUUAGCUGUUCCUUAUGUCAAGAGUAUGGUGUCAGCAGGAUUGACGGCACUUCCUUGUGCUUCUUAUGAUCUCCCCGAAGCAGUAUCCGGACAGAACAAUAUGAAAAUUCUGUGCAUCGGCCAUGGUGGUGGCAACUUACCAUUGUUUUUGGCAAGCAAGUUCAGAGGUGCUUCCAUCCACAUCGUGGAAAUUGAUCCAGUGGUUGUCUCAGCUUCCGUCGAAGCCAUGGGUUUCCCCAUGUCACCUGUGAAAGGCUUAUCAUCUGAAUCCAUGCUGCCCGCCGACGCUGACGAUCUGCUAUGGGGAGGCAUACACGACCGAAUCUUCCUCCACAUAGCGGACGCCGAGGACUUCAUCGCCAGCGACCGCAACCAAUACGACCUCGUCUUCGUCGACGCCUACGACGGGGACGACGUAUUCCCCCGCAAGCUCUGGGACGCCGACGGGGCGUUCAUGGAGAACCUGGAGAGGAGGGUCCACCCCGUCCACGGCACCGUGGUGGUGAACCUGCACUCCGACUCGGAGCUUCCGGGCGUGGCGCAGGGCCACGCCCAGUUCCAGAGCGUGCUUCCCAUGGGCCCGCACGUCUCCCGGGUCUGCGGGGCGUACAAGCAGCUCUUCGGGAUGGCCUUCACGGCCGCCGUCCCGUGGCUCUGCAACAUCACCCUCGUCGCCUGCCGCGGCGAGGCGGUCACUAGCGGCGGCGCCGCCGGCGCGCGCCUGGGGCUCAGCCGCAGGGACUACGUCCUCGGCAAGCUCCUGUCGAAGUGCGACGUGGUUGAGCGCGCGCUGGGCCUGCCGUUCUCUUGUUUGCAGUACGUCAAGAAUGGUUUCGCGCUGGUUGAGUGAGAAUGUGAGAUGCUCUGUUUUGGGGAAUUUGAAUGGUACACCUUGAUCUAUUGGAUAUUACUUGGUGGUUUACUUU